AAUUCUCACCUGUUAACGACAGUCAGGUCUUUCUCUCUUUUAUGUCCCUUCUUCACAGUGUACCUUGCACCUUCACACCGCCAUAGCCUGUACAGCCCAGCCAGUGUGUGUGUUUGGAUGAGGAGCUGGAACACCAACACACAACAUGAAGUACAGCAACACAGGUAUUGAGGAUGUGAUGGAAUAUCCACGGUUUACCUUCAACCCAAAGGAAGGGAUCGACAACCCGGCCCUGGUAAUCUCUGACGACCCGGACCCCAACCCGUGCCCGGUGCCCCGACUGUGCCAGCUGAAGCGUGCCGAGGGCCAGGGCUUUGGCUUCGUGCUCCGGGGGGUGCAGGGGAAGCGUGGGCACGUGAUCAGGGAGGUAGAGCCCCACAGCCCGGCAGAGGUGGGGGGCCUCAGGGACGGCCAAAGGGUGCUGGAGGUCAACCAGGAAUAUGUGGAUAACAUGGAGUUCCCUGAGCUUUUGAGGAAGAUCCAGCGCUGUGGCCUCCGGGUCUUUCUCUUGGUGCUAAGAGAAGAGGAAUACGAGCAGGCUGUGUCUUGGUGUCUGGACCUGCAGGAGGUGGCAAGGUCUAACAGGGGCGACAACCAUGACCACAAAGCCAGACUCUGCCACGUCACCCGGAACCCAGUGCAGGGCCUGGGCAUCACCAUUCGCCAUGUGCAAGGUCAGAAGGGCAUGUACUACCUGAGCACAUUAACAGCCGGUCCUGCAGAGAGAGCCGGCGUCCGCAACGGAGACAAACUGAUCUGGGUCAACGGCGUCACAGUCGCAAACCUCACAUUCUCAGCACUCAACAAAAUAUUUAAGAGGAGUAGCAUCCAUGUGACCUUGCUGGUCAUAGACAGAGAGAGUGAGUCUGUCUGCAUCAAGCGGCGGAUCCCUGUGGUGGCGGACUUGGCAGAGUGCCUCAGCCUGGCCCACAGGCCCAAGACUAUGGACCUGGUCCAGGGGCCGGAUGGAUACGGGUUCCUGCUGCGACAGGAGAAGCUGAGAGUCUCAGGACGCAUUGUGCACCUGCUGCGAGAGGUGGAGGCGGGGAGCCCGGCGGCGCAGGCGGGCGUGGAGGACGGGGACCUGGUGCUAGCCAUCAACGGGGAGGCCGUGGAGACCGCGGCGCAUGAGCUCAUCGUCCACAAGAUCCGGGAGAGCGGUCAGAGUGUCAGCCUCACUACAAUCACCUUAAAGGGGCGGGACUACUAUCGCCAGUUGGACCUAUCCCCCCUGCUGUUCUAUGAUGAGGACAUAAAAGAGGCCCAGAACGGACCUGACGACAGGGGCAACCUCCUCUACCCCACGGGCCCCAGGCUGUGUGUUCUGGACAGAGAGGCUGUCGGAUUCGGGUUCAACCUGUGUUGUGCCCCGGAUAAGCCGGGGACUUUUAUUGGCCAGGUGGCAUCGGGGGGCUCUGGCCAGAGGGCUGGUCUUCUGCGGGGUGACGCCAUUGUGGAGGUGGAUGGGCAGAAUGUGGAGGACAGGUCUUUGGAGGAGGUGGGGGCAUUGGUCAAAGCUGGCUUGACAACGCUCAAGCUCCUGGUGAGGGAGAGGACGGAAGGUGAACACCUCGGGAGGAACGGACCCCAAGAGACACAGACUGCAGUUUCAUCUUCUGCAUUGUAGGUUUUCGUGGAGGCGACCGAUGCUUUUUUGGGAGGAAAACAUGACGUGACCCCGACGAUCAUCCAAUACAACAGCACAGAGAGACACAUUGAAAACCUACAGACUUUCUGUCUUUUGAAAAUUAUAUUUAUAUGUGAUGCUAAUGAUGGUGAUUUGGGGUCAUGAUCCGCCUCAGAGGGAUUGUGCAAAUGAUUUAAAUAUGCAUGGGUUAGAAUUUUUAGGACAGGUUUUUUUUUUACGUUUUUUUUCUAUAAAACAGGAUAUAUACAUUUCAAGUUGUAUUAUUGUAUGUAAUAAUAUUAUUUCAUUAAAACUAUUACUAUCAAAUGUAGCAGAGGCAAACAAAAAAAUUGCCAAAACUUAACUCACAAACCUACCUAUUUCAAUUUAUAUAGUCGCUUCCUUAUGCUCAACCUAAACCUAAAGUUUAGGUUGAAGCUUCUAAGAAACUUAAACUUUAGGCAUGAGAAACUUCUAAUAUUGUGCGACACAUUUAAAAUGUGAAAGAGGCUUUCGUCUGCCAUCCAAGCUGGCUGUGAUGUCAUUGUGUCAUCUGUUUUCCUUUGUAUUUUACAUGUUUUUGUAAUAGAUUGUGGUCCAUGUAUGUAGGUGAUUGUUAAAAACUGUAAUUGUAUGUGUAUUCCGGACUGAAACCAUUUUUAUAUCCAGUAUUAUAAUGUCUACACUCUAGCUUCUCAUUAUUAUAAGGCACACUCUUUAUAAUGUCGUUGUGCAAUGCAAAUUAAAGAUUAUUUUCAUGAGAAAAACGUA